AUGAACCCGUCUGCCGCAGCAUUCAUACCACAGAAAAGCAAUGCGAAGGGGGAGCCAACGCCGUCCUCGGUGGCUGCGGUCACCAAGCCGCCGUCAGCGCAGCUGGUGACCAAGCUGAGCGCGGCCGCCCAGCCAUUCGUUCCUGGUGGCCCAAAGCAGAUGUCGGCGACACCGAUGGUCGCCGACACCAAAGUGGUCACUGAGGACGGAAAGACGACUGUGCCACUGCCAACCGACUCGUUGCCCAGCUCUGCCGCUGCUGCGGGUGCAGCAAAGAAGGAGGUGGACGAAAAUGAGGACUCUCAGCUGGACUGGCUGCCGGAGGCACAGCCCGUGGACUGGUCGGGGAGCAAGCUGCCGAAGUUGUUUGGCUGCCACAACACGGCCGCCAAGGCGACUUCGAGCGCCAUCCCGCUGCACGCCUCGUGGGAUCUCUACGCUGAUGAUCACCAAGGUAGCAGCAAUACUGCGUCCCAUAGCUCCCCCAGCAGCACCAUGUCCUUCGAGCCUAUCUUCGUCUCGAACGUCAGUGAUGUGGAGAGCUUCUGGCGGCUAUGGCGAUACCUACCGACACCCUCGGCACUGCCGACUGUCUACACGUACUCGUGGUUCCGCAAAUACAUCAAGCCCGAGUGGGAGCACCCGCGCAAUAAGAAGGGUGGCACCAUCACUAUUGUUGUCUUCGACCGCGACCGCUCCGGCUUGAGCGACAAGCAGGUUCUGGAUGACGUCUUCAUGGCUAUGCUCGUCGGUGCCGUCGGCGAGAGCUUCCAUGAGUGCAGCACGACGUUGAACGGUGUUAUGCUGAAGGUGCGGUCCAACAAGCCCGUCACGCUACAGCUCUGGACGGCGCACUCGGAGGUGGGAAAGCUGAGGGCCUUCGCGAACAGCGUCCGUGAUGCGCUCAGCAAAAUUAUGGGCGCGAAGACGCUGCAGAAGCUAGAGUACUACUCCCACCAUCAAAAGCACGCCGCGGAGAAUAGCCUCGCCGCCCGCAUGAAGGGCAAGACAAAGAUUUCGCCUGAUCACACGUUCUAG